CCCAACCCAAGCGCAAACGCGAAUGCUUCAGACGGCAAGCGCAGCCCAGGAACCAUGAUGCCACCGCCGACGCCGUCCUCCCUCCGCGACCUGCUCGCGCGGGAGCGCAUCGACCCCGAGGAGCCGCCGCCCCCGCGCUGCGCCGCCCUGCGAGCGGCGUCGAGGUCGAGGUCGAGGUCGAGCAGGCACUCGUCGCCGCCCCAGGCCGGGGCAGGCGACGACGGCGCGGUGGUGGCGGUGCUGUCCGGGUACGUGGGGAGGUUCCUCAAGGACGCGGAGUUCAGGAGGGGGCUCCGGGAGAAGUGCGCCGCGUGCCUCGCGCCCGCCACGGAGGAGGCGCGGCGGGAUGGCGCGGGGCACGCCGUGCUGGCUAACCUCGAGCUCGGCAUCGAGAGCAUCGAGUGCCUCGCCGCCGACGGCGCGGCCCCGCGCGACGCCAAGAUCCGCUCGCUCCGCAACUCCAUCCGUCUCCUCAGCGUCGUCGCCUCGCUCCACGCGCCGCAGCCGCAGCCGCAGCCGCGCCCCGCCGCCGCGGAGGGCCGCACCUGCGGGGUGCCCAACUCCCACCUCGCCGCGUGCGCGCAGCUCUACCUCUCCGUCGUCUACAAGAUGGAGCGCAACGACCGCGUCUCCGCGCGCCACGUGCUCCAGGUCUUCGUCGACGCUCCCGGCCUGGCGCGCAAGAACCUCCUCCCGGAACUCUGGGACCACGUCUUCCUGCCCCAUUUGCUCCACCUCAAGGUCUGGUUCACCAAGGAGGCCGACCUCGCCGACGACUGGGACGCUGACGACCGGAGCAGGAGGACGAAGAACCUGCAGAGGCUGUACAAUGACCACAUGGACAGUGGCACGGCUCAGUUUGCAAUGUACUACAAGGAGUGGCUCAAGUCGGGGGCCAAUGCGCCUCCUGUCCCCUCCGUGCCAUUGCCUUUGAUGCCCGGGAAUUUCUAUGCUUGUGGGAAGCACUCAGCUUCAGUGCGCAGGACCUCAAUCAACAGAAACCUGUACAAUGCGGUUUUCGGCACAGCACUUGAGCAGGAAGAUGUCAAAGAUGCAAAGCUGGACGAUGAGACUGAAUUGGUUUUGGAUUUGGAUGUGGAAUUUAAUGAUAAUUCAGUGAGCUUGAAGACGGAGAAGCUUACUCAUAGUAAAAUGGGGCUCCCGGAAAAGCAUGCCUGCUCUCGGAAAGAAGGUGCUAUGCCAGAAACAGCACCUACACCACGCAAAUCCUACUCUUUCCGACUAUUCUCCUGCCGUGGAGAUCUAAGCAGGAAUGUUAUCGAUCAUCCUAAGAUAGCAAAGAAGGAAGUUGUGUCUGUUGAGAAAGAGGUAGACAGCAACGAGCUAUCAAUGACUCUAGAACAAGCAAUUUCCGUGGUAUCCAAUUCAGACAGUCUUAGGCAGUGUGAAUAUGCUGUACAUGAAGUUGCCAAAGCAUGUUCAAACUUGCAAGGGGAUCCCAAUCUUGUAACCUUGCUGUCAUGCCCCUCUUUUAUUCAAGGGCUUCUCGAGGUUACAUUCACCUCAAAAGAUGAUACUGUACUGGAGUCAGCUAUCUUGAUAAUGGGAAAAUUGGUUUUGAGGAAUGAGGUAAUUAGACAGAUCAUGCUUAAUGCAGAUCCACAGCUUGAGGUUUUCUUGAGACUUUUGAGAAGCAACAUGUUGUUCCUGAAGGCAGCUGUAGUGCUUUAUAUGAUGAAGCCUAAAGCUAAGCAGAUGCUAUCAUUGGACUGGAUACCACUAGUACUGCACGUAUUGGAGUGCGGUGAUGAGGUGCAAUUUCUGUCUUCCGUGAAAUGCGCACCAAAAAUUGCUGCAUUUUAUUUCCUAGAUCAGCUCCUUAUGGGGUUCGAUGUCGACAGAAAUGUUGAGAAUGCAAAGCAGAUGAUUGCUCUAGGUGGUUUAGACCUGCUCAUAAGCAGGCUUGAAGUUAGUGAUGCCCGUGAGAGCAAAAACUGCAUCUCUCUCUUGACCUCAUGUAUUCAAGCUGAUGGCAGUUGUCGACACUACUUAGCUGAUCGUCUGAAGAAAGAGCCUAUUGUUCGACUUCUUGCGGGAAAUCACAAGAAGGCUAGUGCUGCAGCCCUUAACAUGAUGAGUGAACUUGUCUGCCUUAAUAGAACAACCAAAGUUGUGGAGUUCCUCAAGGAGCUGAAAAAUAGUGGCUGCUUGAAUACAAUGCAUAUUUUGUUGGUCUAUCUCCAGCAGGCUCCUCUUGUCCAAAAUCCGCUAGCAGCUUCCAUGUUACUUCAGCUCGAUCUCCUGGGAGAUCCUUCGCAGUACAGUGUUUACAGAGAGGAAGCAAUUGAAGCUAUGAUAGCUGCUCUUGAGCACGGGUCGCAGAGCAGAAAGGUCCAAGAACAGUGUGCUCGAGCUCUUUUAAUCUUGGCAGGGCGAUUUUCAUCCUCGGGAGAACCCAUAGCAGAAGCAUGGCUACUAAAGAGAGCAGGUCUAGAUGACUCCCUCUCAGAAUCCUUUAGGAAAACUGAGAUAUUCAAAGAUAAGAGCGCACGAAUGGAAGAAGAAAAGGUUGUUGAAGAAUGGCUGAAAAAACUUGCCUUAAUGUUACUGAACAGUGGGAGCAAAAGGUUUCUCAUGGCACUGUCAAACUGCAUAUCUGAUGGAAUCCCGACUCUGAGUCGAUCAUGCCUCAUCACUGUAACAUGGAUGAGCAGCUCCCUCUCCCCGCUGAGUGGGUGCAUCGAUUUCCAGCCUUUAGCAUGCUCCAUUCUUGCGCCUAAGCUUUUGGAUAGCUUAAGUUAUGACAGAGUUUUGGAGGAGAGGGUGCUUGCUUCACUGUCACUGUUGAAUGUUGUGAGACAUCCAGAAUGCAUGGAGAAGGUCUUCCCACUGAAGAAAGAAACAAUCGAGUCACUGCAAGAUCUUGCAGAAGUGACAUGGACUGCAAAGGAGCUCCUCUUUGCCUGCUGCAGAUGACAUGCAACGCAAGAUCAGUUUCUCGGUGAUCAAGAGCCACACACCACCAGUUUUUCAAAAAAGAACCACUCAGCAACGUGUAAUUGAAGUGAUUGGUUGUGAGAAGUUGUAUUUGGCCACUGCUGUACACACUUAUUUUGUUGAUCUGUAAAGCCCUAUAGUUUCUUUCCCUGUAAUAAACUUCAGUUUUCGCUGUUGAAGUCUGAAAAUGGCUUCCUUGAA